UCACGCACCACACAUGAAUUUCGUGCAGAAUUUCGCCUUCGAUCGUUUAUUUGGCUAUGAAUUUUAUUAAUUUUAUUCGGAUUGAACUGUGGUUUUGAUCAGAGGCAGUUGAAUUGAAAAUCAAGUUAGUAAAAUUGAUGAAGUUUUUCAUGAUUUUUUGUUUAAAAUUUUUUUGACUUCUAAGGAUGGGGAAUAAUCGACCGACGACGCGCAGCAAAAAUAAGCGGAGCAGAAAUGACGAUAAUGCUGAAGCCACAGCUGAAACUUUCAGGAGAAUUCUUUCUACAGGGCAAGUUACUGAAGAUGACAUAAACCAACUAUACAUGGUGUGGAAACCUAUCUGUCAAGGAUGUCGUGUGAAUACAAAGGAUAAUCCCAAUUGCUUUUGUGGAUUGAUCCCACCACCUAGUGGAAGUCGAAAAUCCGGGUUGUGGCAGAAGACAUCGGAGAUCGUCCAUUCUCUUGGUCCUGACCCAUCUAAGGACCUCCGUUUAUCCCCUGAUUCACCUGCUGGCCUCACAAAUCUGGGCGCAACCUGCUAUGCUAAUAGUAUACUCCAGUGCCUUUACAUGCAUUGGUCAUUUAGAGAAGGUGUUUUCUCUGUGGAACCAGAAGUUUUAAGACAACAACCUGUUUUAGAUCGGCUUGCACGACUUUUUGCACAGCUGCAUUCCAGUAAGAUGGCUUUUGUUGAUUCAGCUCCAUUUAUUCAGACACUGGAGCUAGAUAAUGGUGUUCAGCAAGACAGUCACGAGUUCCUUACCCUACUUUUUUCUCUCCUUGAGAGAUGUUUGAGCCAAUCUAAAGUUUUGAAGUCGAGAACAAUAGUUCAAGACCUUUUCCGAGGAGGUGUAUCACAUGUUACAACUUGCUCAAAAUGUGGGAAGGAAUCUGAAGCUUCAGCAAAAAUAGAGGACUUCUAUGAGUUGGAAUUGAAUGUGAAGGGAUUGAAGACUUUAGAUGAGAGUUUAGAUGAUUACCUUAGCAUUGAGGAGCUUCAAGGAGACAACCAAUACUACUGUUGUUCGUGUGCAACUCGGGUUAAUGCUACUCGUAGCAUUAAGCUUCGAUCACUGCCUGCUGUCCUGAAUUUCCAGCUCAAGCGUUGUGUUUUCCUCCCAAAUACUACAACGAAGAAAAAGAUUACAUCUGCAUUUUGUUUCCCUGGGCAAUUGAAUAUGGCAUGUAGGUUAUCUGAGGGUUCGCAAUCAGAAUUAUUGUAUGAUUUGUCAGCUGUAUUAAUCCACAAAGGUGCUGCUGUAAAUAGUGGUCAUUAUAUAGCCCACAUUAAGGAUGAGAGCACGGAGCAAUGGUGGGAAUUUGACGAUGAACUGGUCUCAAAUUUAGGUCAACAACCAUUUGGUGGAAAUUCUUCAAAUUCUGCCGCCAAGUCUUCACCAGCUGAGCCAGUUGAGUUUUCAUCUUAUGGAAAAACAGAUGUUAAGGAUGGACAUGAUACGGAUACAGCUCAGUCAAAUUCAGAUUCUAGUAGUAACAAUCAUGUAAAAUCUUUCUCAUCCUCUGAUGCAUAUAUGUUGAUGUAUGUCCUGAGGAGCUCAAAGAAUAGCAGUGAUUGGCAUGAUAACUCUGAUGGCCAAAAAUUGGAAACAGUUACUAACAUUUCUGCAGCACAACUCAAUAGUCCUCUUCCCCCUCAUCUUUCCGAAGAGGUAGAACUAUUUAAUGCGGAAUAUGUUAAUUCCUGCAAAGAGUACAAAUUAAAGAAGGAAUGUGAGAUUAACCGCAUAACGGAGCGUCGACAGGAGGUGCGAUCAAUUCUUUCUGAAGCUGCUGCUCAAUCACUCGAUAAGCAAUACUUCUGGAUUUCUUCUGAAUGGCUUCGUCACUGGGCUGACAGCAUUGUCUCAUCUAGUAUUGACAAUACUCCUAUCCAAUGCGUGCAUGGAAAAGUUUCUGUUGCAAAAGUCAGCUCCAUGAAACGGUUGUCCGCUGAAGCGUGGACCAUGAUAUUCUCUAAGUAUAAUGGAGGUCCAACACUUUGCAAGGAUGACUGCUGCAAAGAUUGCCUCUUUGAAGUUGCUCGUACCAUGGCUAAUGCGGAUAACUAUAGAGAUCAAAGGAUGUUGAUGCGAGAUAUUGCUGAAGCAGCACUUUCUGGGGAAUGCCGGGAUGGAGAGCUAUACUUUGUAUCUAAAUCUUGGUUGCAUCAGUGGGUGCGCAGAAAAAUAAUUGACUCUCCUUGUGAAGGUGACGCAGGACCUACAGCUUCGAUCAGGUGUCCACAUGGUGGACUUUUGCCUGAACAAGCAACUGGUGCUAAGCGUGUGCUAGUUCCUGAGGCUCUUUGGCAAUUUUUACAUAAAAGUGCUAUGACAGUGAAGCCUGAUGAUUCUGAGGGUUGUUCAACUUUUUCUUCAGAUUCUGAGCCUUGUGCACAAUGUAGUAUUGAACUUACUGAAGUCGCUACUUUGGAGGACAACUUGAGGGAGUUUAAAUUCAGAGAACGGCAAUGUCACGAGAGAUUAGCCAUGAACAGGAGUAUUAGCAUUAAUCCAUGCAGUAGAUACUACUUAUUACCCUCUUCAUGGCUGUCUAAAUGGAGAAGUUACAUUAAUGCAACUGGAAAGAAUAAUGCUGCAAUAGAACCUGAAACUUUGUGUAGCAUUAUUAAUUCACUGAUGUGUGAGAAGCACUCAAAACUUCUGGAAAGGCCUCCGGAUGUCAUUUAUAAGCGUGGAGUGAUUCUCCAAAAGGCUCCAUCUACAGAUGCACUUACAAUCAUUGCGGAAGACGAUUGGAAACAAUUCAGUGAAGAUUGGGGUGGAGUAGAGGCCAAAGGCAUUUUAGCUGAAAUAGCAUCUAAUAUAUGCUCGGAAGAGGAAUUAUUUGGAUCUUGUGAAGAAAUGCCAAUUUCUGAGGAUCAUAUCUACAUGAAUAAUGAAGCAAUUAAUGGCGAGUCCAGAAGGCCCAUCAUUAGGACCACUCCAGAGGUAAAGAUUGAUUGUUACAUCAACUAUAUUGUCACUUGUCCUUUGAUGUACUCAGAAUCUGUUGUCUUCAGUCUUACAUUGGUUAGAGGCUAG